UACCCAAAGCCAGCCAUGAUGCAGAGAGGGCAGUUUGCAAUUUUGCAUCGCCAGCUAGCGAAAAGGUCAUGGUUGAAACCCACCAACAGCCCGUGACUCCCGUGCCCACCAUGGCCGCCCUCUCCAACGAGGAGGAGCUUCUCCAGGCGCACGCCGAGCUCUGGAACCUCACCUUCAGCUACCUCAAGUCCAUGGCGCUCGACUGCGCCCUCAAGCUCGCGAUCCCCACUGCCAUCCACCGCCUCGGCGGCGCCGCCUCCCUCCCCGACCUGCUCGCCGCCGUCCCGGUUCCGGACAGCAAGAAGCCCCAAUUCCCCCGCCUCAUGAGGUUCCUCGCCGCGACAGGCAUCUUCACCAUUGAUGCGGCAUCUGGCUUCUACGGCCUCACGCCGGUCUCUCGCCUGCUCGUGAACGACGACAACGCCAAGAACCUCUCGCCGUUCGUGCUGUCGCAGACCAACAAGUACCACGUGACGGCGGCCAUGCGCCUCCCGGACUGGUUCACGAGCGACGAAGGAGCCGCCGGCGUGGACAUGCCGUUCAGGAUGGCGCACGGCACGGACAUGUGGGCCGUCAUGGCGCUUGACCCCAAGAUCAACGAUCUCUUCAACGCCGGCCUCGCGGCGGACACCAAACUGGCCAUGGACUUCAUCGUCACCAACUGCGGGGAUGUGUUCGAGGGGAUCGCCUCGCUGGUGGACGUCGCCGGCGGGACGGGCACCGCGGCCAGGGCCAUCGCCAGGGCCUUCCCGCACGUCAAGUGCUCCGUGCUUGAUCUCCCCAAUGUUAUCAAUUCCGUCCCGGCCGAUGGCAUCGUCGACUACAUCGUAGGCGACAUGAUGGAAUCCAUCCCACCCACUGAUGCUGUGUUCCUCAAGUACGUGCUUCAUGACUGGGACGACGAUGUGUGCGUGAAGAUCCUGACGCAGUGCAAGAAGGCGAUACCGGAAUCAGGGGGCAAAGUUAUCAUCGUCGACAUGGUCGUCGGGUCUAAUGCCAAUUCCAAAGCCAUGUUCGAAGCCCAGGUCGUGUUCGAUCUGCUGAUGAUGGUGGUGACGGCAGGGAAGGAGCGUGAUGAGCAUCAGUGGCGCAAGAUUUUCAUGGACGCAGGGUUCAGCAACUACAAGACAAAGCCUGUUCUCGGGUUUUUGUCCAUCAUCGAGCUGUAUCCUUAGCCAUUUGCAUGCAUGGUUACAGCUAGCAAACGUUUGCGGUAACGUAAGCGUUGGCUCUCAAAAGUUUGCCGUAACGUAUGUGUAAGCUAGCAACAGCGUUCUCGCUGGCCACUUAUUAAUGGCUUACCAUAUCUGUAUGAUCUGUUGCUUGACUGGGUUCAGUAAUAAAAUUAAUCUUUGCGCAGCUAUUAA